CCUCGCGUAUCUUUCUAACCCAUUCACAUUCUCCAACCCGCCUUCUUUCCCCCACCCCGACUCCCACCGCUCCGACCACGACUGUCAUUCACGACGCGCAUCGCGCUCGACGGCCGACUGGCCAACUAGUCGACCCCGGUCACUGGAGGCUCAGAGUCUUCAGGCACACUCCCGCUCGCGCGACCAUCGCCACUGGCCACUGGCGUAUCCCGCGCCAUCUCGACCGCCCCUUCCCCUCCAUCUCCUCACGCACCGCCCGCACAUCACCACCACCACCGCCACUAGGAAGAUCGCCAUGUCGUUCUGCUUCCCGAGCUGGGAUAACGCGUUUUCGCCGUCGUUUUACGAUGACGCAAAGGCCAUGCUCGAGACGGCGCUCAACAAGGGCAACAAACCACCAGUCAUCCAGGGACGCAUCGAGGUCGUCGACCUCCAGAUGGGCUCGCAGCCUCCAACUCUCACGCUCCUAGAGAUUGGCGAUCUUUCACUCGACCGCUUCCGUGGUAUCCUCCGUCUUGGGUACCAAGGCGACGCGUGGAUCACUGUCCGCUGCCUUGUGCAGGCCAACCCCCUUUCCCACAACCCCAACCUCAUUCCCAGCUCCACCCUGCCUAUCUCGACACCCCUCCUGGCCUCCCAGCCCCUCCUUGUGCCGAUGACUCUUCGUCUGAGCAAGCUCCACUUGCGUGCGAUCCUUAUCCUCGUCGUGUCGAAGGCAAAGGGAAUCACGCUCGUGUUCAAAAACGACCCGCUGCAGAACGUCGAUGUCUCCUCCACCUUCGACUCGGUCGAGGUAAUUCGCGGUUAUCUUCAGCAGGAGAUUGAAGGACAACUGCGCGAGAUGUUCCGCGAGGACUUGCCCGGCAUUAUCCACCGCCUGUCACAACGCUGGUUCACCGGUAGCGGAGGCAGCGUCGAGACACCAUAUCGCGAAGGCCCAGAACCCGUCACUCCUGCCAACACCCCACAGUACGAGAGCGAGGACGAGGACACUCCCCUCAGCCGUGACCCAUUCGCGCCGGCAGUGGCCACCCCCACGCCACGAAGGAGAGCACUGCAUCGUCCCAGCACGGGGUCACUCAAGCCCCACGUCUCAUUUAGCGAGUCGCCCACCUCUUACACCACCUUCCCCGACAUCGAGAACUACGACCCAACAUACGGUCUCAGGCCGGAAGGUUUACCCACGCAUUCGGGAUAUGAGGCUCUGGGGCGCGUGUGGGACCGGGCGCGGUCGAGCGGGCGCGGUCUGGGAAGCCUGAUGAACGCGAGUUUCGACGAGGCGCUUGAAGAACCUGAGGAAAACUUCGAGGACAUCGACGUGGUUGACGAGGUUGUACGCUCCCCACUGCAGUUGUCGCCGAACACUUCGCGGCGAUCAAGCGCAUCCUUUGCUAGCCCGGACAACGGCGCAACCAUUGCCUGGGAACUCUUCCCCGCUGUCGGUGGGGGCGUUGUCACUCGCCCUCGUGUAUUCCACGCCCAGAGCCAGAUCCGCGCGCCUAGUGAAAGCGGCUUCGGUGGCGCCAUGCCAUCUCCCUCGGGUGGGACAGGAAGCGUGACGGCGCGCGCAUCGAGUGUGGGCGGCACGUCGACCAUUGGCAGUCUGCGUGGCCGCGCGCCCAUCUUCUCCCACUCAGCCCACGCGCCGCUCGUUCGCACGAUCACGAACGUUAGCGAUGCGCGUUCCCGUGCGCAGUCACUCACCUCGGGACUGCGCCCGGCUUCCCCUUCCCCAUCACCGCUGGGUGGGCGGCCGGCCUCGCCCCUCAGGACCAACAGCACGCGGCACGGCCGAGGUCCUUCGAUCUCGCGCUCUGCCGCCUCAUUCCCCGUCCCCGACUCGCCUCCUCGGCGCUCAGUCAGCCACGAGCCCAAGCCCAGAUCCGCGGUCCCGCCUCGUAUGCGAGAACGCGCGCCGUCCCUCUCUGGGCCGCGCAUCACGCUGCCGCUAAACAACAGCGUGAGCCAGCUCGCGACGCUGAGCCUUUCAGCGAACACGCUUUCGCCGUACGCGCGCGCACACGAGCACAUCGCCGUGCGCUCCUUCCCGCACCUCGGGCGCGGCGUGCCCUCCGCGACGGCCGAGGAUGUACUUGAAGGCAACGUCAAGGCGCGCCGCAAGCGCAUUUUCCGCGUCGGCGCGAGCGCACCCACCUCGCGGCGGCCGAGUGUCGAAGAGCCCGAGGCGGACGACACGCCGCCGCUCGAGUUCGCGAGCUCGUCCAGCGGGAGCGCGAGCGCGCGUCAGAGAGCGCCGUUGAGUUUGAGCGCGAAGAGCGUGAGCGUGCGGAAUUCGACUGCCGCGUUUCCUUUUCCAAAGAUUCCAGAGUAGAUCAACCCCUCAUUAGCAUUGUAUUAUCACCACUUGCAUGUAUCCAUUGGGAUUUGGG